CACUGGCUGCUCUGAAAAGCCAUCUUUGCAUUGUUCCUCGUCCGCCUCCUUGCUCGCCGCAGCCGCCUCCGCCGCGCGCCUCCUCCGCCGCCGCGGACUCCUGCAGCUUUAUCGCCAGAGUCCCUGAACUCUCGCUUUCUUUUUAAAUCCCCAGCAUCGGAUCACCGGCGUGCCCCACCAUGUCAGACGCAGCCGUAGACACCAGCUCCGAAAUCACCACCAAGGACUUAAAGGAGAAGAAGGAAGUUGUGGAAGAGGCAGAAAAUGGAAGAGACGCCCCUGCUAACGGGAAUGCUAAUGAGGAAAACGGGGAGCAAGAGGCUGACGAUGAGGUAGACGAAGAAGAGGAAGAAGGUGGGGAGGAAGAGGAAGAGGAGGAAGAAGGUGAUGGUGAGGAAGAGGAUGGAGAUGAAGAUGAGGAAGCUGAGUCAGCUACGGGCAAGCGGGCAGCUGAAGAUGAUGAGGAUGACGAUGUUGAUACCAAGAAGCAGAAGACCGACGAGGAUGACUAGACAGCAAAAAAGGAAAAGUUAAACUAAAAAAAAAAGGCCGCCGUGACCUAUUCACCCUCCACUUCCCGUCUCAGAAUCUAAACGUGGUCACCUUCGAGUAGAGAGGCCCGCCCGCCCGCCCACCGUGGGCAGUGCCACCCGCAGAUGACACGCGCUCUCCACCACCCAACCCAAACCAUGAGAAUUUGCAACAGGGGAGGAAAAAAGAACCAAAACUUCCAAGGCCCUGCUUUUUUUCUUAAAAGUACUUUAAAAAGGAAAUUUGUUUGUAUUUUUUAUUUACAUUUUAUAUUUUUGUACAUAUUGUUAGGGUCAGCCAUUUUUAAUGAUCUCGGAUGACCAAACCAGCCUUCGGAGCGUUCUCUGUCCUACUUCUGACUUUACUUGUGGUGUGACCAUGUUCAUUAUAAUCUCAAAGGAGAAAAAAAACCUUGUAAAAAAAGCAAAAACGACAACAGAAAAACAAUCUUAUUCCGAGCAUUCCAGUAACUUUUUUGUGUAUGUACUUAGCUGUACUAUAAGUAGUUGGUUUGUAUGAGAUGGUUAAAAAGGCCAAAGAUAAAAGGUUUCUUUUUUUUCCUUUUUUGUCUAUGAAGUUGCUGUUUAUUUUUUUUGGCCUGUUUGAUGUAUGUGUGAAACAAUGUUGUCCAACAAUAAACAGGAAUUUUAUUUUGCUGAGUUGUUCUAACAAAAAAAAAAAAAAAAAAA